UGCGAACACCCCAAUGUGCCCCGCCCCAAGCGGAUUGUUUGGAACGGUCAGAUGGACCGAUGGAGACACAGGAUGGCAAUCCGGACCUCUGAAAGCUUGGACAUGUGAGCGAAUAUAAUUUUCAACAAAAUUCACUUUUGAGUGCGCUGUGGCUGUGUAAGGGGCAGCAGUCAUGCCGCUGGUGAAGAGAAACAUUGAGCCCAGGCACCUGUGCCGCGGGGUGCUACCGGAGGGCAUCGGCAGCGAGCUGGAGUGUGUGAUGAACAACACGCUCUCUGCCAUCAUACGCCAGCUCAGCAGUCUCAGUAAACAUGCUGAAGACAUAUUCGGAGAGCUCUUCAAUGAGGCAAACAUGUUCUAUUUGCGGGCGAACUCUCUGCAGGAUCGGAUUGACCGGCUUGCCGUCAAGGUCACGCAGCUGGACUCAACAGUUGAAGAGGUCUCUCUUCAGGACAUAAACAUGAGAAAGGCUUUUAAAAGCUCUACCAUACAGGACCAGCAGGUGGUGUCCAAGAACAGCGUACCGAACCCAGUGAAGGAGAUGUACAAUUUGAGUGAUAAACCACCUCCUCUUAAUAUUCUGUCACCCUACAGAGAUGAUGAUAAAGAAGGGCUGAAGUUCUACACUGACCCCUCGUACUUCUUUGACCUGUGGAAGGAGAAGAUGUUACAGGACACAGAAGACAAGAGGAAAGAGAAGAGACGACAGAAGGAGCAGAGGCGAUGUGUGGACGGCACGCUGCAGAGAGAGGUGAAGAAGGUGCGUAAAGCGAGAAACCGCAGGCAGGAAUGGAACAUGAUGGCCUUCGAUAAGGAACUGAGACCUGACCAUCGACAUUCCCACACUGUGCACAGAGGAGGCUCCACGGAGGGCCCCAUGUCACCAGAGCACAGGUCUCACGGAGAUCAUGCAGAUCAUGGUUAUCUCUCCAUGGCCAAUCACGCUGGCCAUGCGCACACUUACUCGGGGCCUCCUCCCAGUAUGGCCCUGUCAGCUCAUAGCCACAUGAGCAUGGAUCAGGAUUACCGGGGAGGGCCUAUGGCUUAUCGUUCUGGCACCCUGGGUCGUCCGCACCAGGCUCCGCCCCCUCCACCAGCAUCAAACUCUGUUAACGGCUCUGUGACCCUCCCACCUGUCGACUACAGUGUUGAUUACAUGAAUUCUGGGCCACCGCCUCCACCACCAGCUGUUAUUCCGUCAGCACAAACUGCUUUUGCUAUGCCACCCAUGGGACCGAUCCCGCCUCCAGGCCAUCUAGGACCAAUGGGAGCAGUAGCUGGCUAUGCCCCAUCCGUUCCACCUACCUCUGGACCAAUGGCUGCCCCUCCUCCACCAGUAGCCCCACCCCCUCCCCCCAGUGCAGCCCAAUCCAUCACUCCCAAACGGCCCUCUGUGCCUAAUGAGGUCCAACCCACAAAUGAUGCUCGCAGUGACCUGCUCGCAGCUAUAAGAAUGGGCAUCCAGCUGAAAAAAGUUCAAGAGCAGCAGGAACAGCAGGCGAAACGCGAGCCGGUGGGCAAUGACGUCGCGACUAUCUUGUCUCGCCGUAUCGCUGUGGAAUACAGUGACUCUGAAGAUGAAUCUGAGCUUGAGGACAAUGACUGGUCUGACUAAAACAAUACUAAUGCACAGAACUCAUACUUACUCUCUAAUUCACCUGUGAACGUUAACAUCGCAUUUACCAUACACACAAUGAUCUUGUACUGUAUGCAUUGUAAUAAAGGCACAAUAGGCCAUCUGUAUUAUGAAGUACUAAAAUAGUCAGUCUUUUCCCUGAACUACCACGUAUGAAGCUUUUUCAAUUUUUUUUUUCUAAUGCUUUUUAAUGCAACACUUGUUAAUAAAUGAUAUGGACAUACUGUAUGUAGUGAAUAGCAACUCGAACUACAGGUAAAUAAGCAUGUUGAGGUCAGAAGUUUCUGCAUGAAAGUUUCUAUGUAUGUUGAGAAACACUGCGGUCAGUAAAUAUAUUUGUGUGAACUGAUUGGAGGAAUUUAAUUAAACAACCAGAAAUGUGUCUGGUUUCUGCGUGCGUCAGUUGCGACAAUAAAAAUCAGACGAAUUACAUUAAA